CUUGAAUUCCUGAUUCUAUUCUGUGCUGUAGAUUUUAAUAGUUUCAAAUAAUAAUUUUAUAACAAUGCAGGUUUCAUUUUAAAAAUAGCUCAACUCAGUUCAAUCAAAUUCUAAAUGAUGCCUUGAUUCUUAAUUUUGAUUGUGAUUAAAAAGUGCCUUACUUACUUACUUUGGAGCCAGGUUUAGUUGUUGAAAUCUUUCUAUUUACUGUCUUUGAAAAACAAUGAAACCACCAGAUAUUCAAAAAUGUAAAUUAUUAACAGUUGCCUCCCCUCCCUCACAAAUCUCCAACAUCCACCUUUUAAUUGCAUCUCUCUUUCAUGGACUCUUAUCCCAUGUCUCUUAUCCCAUAUCUCUUAUCCCAUGUCUCUUAUCCCAUGACUCUUAUCCCAUGUCUCUUAUCCCAUGUCUCUUAUCCCGUGUCUCUUAUCCCAUGUCUCUUAUCCCAUGUCUCUUAUCCCAUGUGUCUUAUCCCAUGUCUCUUAUCCCAUUUCUCUUUUCUCAUGUCUCUUAUCCCAUGUCUCUUAUCCCAUGCCUCUUAUCCCAUGUCUCUUAUCCCAUGCCUCUUAUCCCAUGUCUCUUAUCCCAUGUCUCUUAUCCCAUGUCUAUUAUCCCAUGCCUCUUAUCCCAUGCCUCUUAUCCCAUGUCUCUUAUCCCAUGUCCAUCUUGUGGAUGGAGGAUAAUGACAUUGUGUAGGCAUGACAUUUUAAGAUUCCUUGUGCAUCGUUCACCUGGUGAACGGCUGGAUGGCGGAGGCGGGUUGACACCGUUGCUCAAAUGAUCACAGUUGACAGCAUCUGCUUGGCUUAGAGAUUGGGUGGGUGGUGGGUUGACACCAUUGCUCAAAUGAUCACGGUUGACAGCAUCUGGUUUGCUGAGUGAAUGGGUGGGUGAGCUCAGAUCUACUUUUAGUUGUAUGCCUAGGUCAUGAGUUGCGUCCCCUCAAGCGGUAUUUUGUUAGCAUUUGAUGUUUAAAAAUUUAAUAAUUCGACUUUUGGCGAUAAUUUUAAUACUAAAAAGGAGGAGAAAAAAGAACAAUUAAGCCUUUGCAGAAAAUAUUUUCAAAAAUGACUGCAAAUAAAACAUAUUUAAGUUUCGUCUACAUUCAAUUCAAAAUCUUUGUCUACACAGAGUGCUACAUAGAGUGCUUCUCUGCACUGUACAGUCCUUAUUUGUCUAUACUUAGUGCUUCGCUGCACUGUACAGUCCAUCUUUGUGUAAUACAUUUUAAGAAAUUUCUUAUUACUCAUUUUUAAGUCAAAUUUUAAAAAUCUUUUGGGCAAUUUCAAUCUGGAAGUAUGAAUAAGUUUAUUGGAAGAACUUUCAAAUAGAGUUGAAUGUAAAUUUAGUUCUCAACUAUGUUUAGUACCGGUAAUGUUUUCUUGGUUAAUUGUAUGUUGAGUCAUCUACAAAGGCAAAGUAUGUGGAAUAACCAGAAGUCCGAAAUGGGGUAGGGAAACAAAGAGACGCACAAUGUUUGAUUUAGUUAGCAGAACAUUACGGAAUUGAAGUUAAGGAAUAAAUCAUGUGAAUAUUAUAUUUGCUUUAUUCAGUUUUCAUGUGUGCCUUCAGUCUCAGAUGUAGCAGGCACAAGUCUAGUUCUAAGACACAGCAGGCACAAGUCUAGUUCUUAGAUGUAGCAGGCACAAGUCUAGUUCUUAAAUGUAGCAGGCACAAGUCUAGUUCUUAGAUGUAGCAGGCACAAGUCUAGUACUUAGAUGUAGCAGGCACAAGUCUAGUUCUUAAAUGUAGCAGGCACAAGUCUAGUUCUUAAAUGUAGCAGGCACAAGUCUAGUACUUAGAUGUAGCAGGCACAAGUCUAGUUCUUAGAUGUAGCAGGCACAAGUCUAGUUCUUAAAUGUAGCACGCACAAGUCUAGUUCUUAAAUGUAGCAGGCACAAGUCUAGUUCUUAAAUGUAGCACGCACAAGUCUAGUUCUUAAAUGUAG